AUGUCUAAUUUUAAGACCUUAUCAUUCAGUAAAAAAUGUGUCGAUGGUAAAAGCCCGUCAAUUGAACAUUUUGACACAUUACCAGAACUCUCUACAAAAUAUCUUUUGCAGUUGUGGUACCACAGACAAGGACUAGCAUGCUUACACGAAACCAAAAGUAGAGAAUGGUAUCUUUCCCUUCCAGGACUUUCACGAGAUUGGUACAGCAAUGCAUCAAAUAGAAACGAGUCGAUACCAACAUUGGAGAACUCUGCUGAAUUGUUCGAAUUCAACAACGGAAACAUAAUCACCAAAUCGAAACCAUUUCAAGAGGACGUAGAAGUUCAAUUAACCUUAGAAGUUCUAUCAGCUCAUUGGUACGCCAGACGUGGCCGGCUAGCUGCAAAGAACUGGGGACGAUUGUCCAGAAAUGAAAGACAAGAAAGUGCCGGUGGAUUGAAAUUCGGCAGUGCCAAGGGUUCAAUAGACGAGAACAUAAAAAAUAUUUUAAGUGAGCAAUCUAAGACAACACGAUGCACGAGAAGAUCUGAACUGCAACGUUUGCUUGCUGUUGGAGAAACCAUUAAGUCAACAGCAAUAAUUUCGACCCAGGACGCCGGGAAGGUGUACAAUACAGCAAAGAACGGAAGACAAAACUUGAAAAAUGUGAGGAAGAUGUCAUCAUAUUGGUUUAGUUAUUUUGGCAAAUAUUUUAACAUAGCACAGUUUUAUUUAAAAGGAAAAGCAUACAUUAUGGAGAAUAGAAAUCAGUAUUUUGAUGCUAUUGUGCAACAGUUGCAAAACAUUGUUGAAUCAAAUCAGUAUUGCAACAACCAGAUUGAGAGACAAAUAGGAGACGUUUUCAAAAGUGCGUUGCAGCUAAUGGAUACGAAAAGAGACAAAGACAUAGUUAAGGGACUAUUCGCUCAUGCCACAAGUGUGAAAUUUGUUUCUAAAAUUCAAAAAGUGCAAAACAAGUCAGCCAUCAUGAAUUGCAGGGAUGAGCUUAAGGGAAAUAUUGAAAUUUUUAAAAAUAUUCAAGAAACAUCUCAGGUGGUACGUAACGACAUGACAUGUAGCCAGGGGCGCACAUUAGGGGGGGUGCCAAACCCCCCCAAUAAUUGAUAAUCAUAAAAAGUCAGUCCCGAUCACCAUAGCGAGUCUGUCCCAAUGUCAUGCUACGACCGGAUGUUCAUAUACAGAUUACACAGAAACAAAUGCUGCGCGUUGACACUUGACACCUAGAUUCCUAUUACAUAUGCUCGGUGUUUACAUGUUAUGCGAACGCGGUAUAGCUUGCGCAGGCUGCCAUAGGCGUGUUGGUGUUUGAAAUAUAAUAUAACAAGACAGACAAAGCCAUGAAGUUCUUGCUAGAACUCAAAAUGUAAAAAGAAUGUUGCAAUAACUCAAUCAAGUUAUAAGGUACGCAACAAUACCUAUUGUUGUUAUGUUAUUAUGCUUUUAUUUACCGAAUUUGUGACUUCUUAUUUACUCAUAAUGUGAACGUGAAACUUUAUAGCGAUCGCUAUUGUAUUUCGUUUUGUUUAGAUGCGAAGAUGCCAAACACACGAUAUAAAAUCACUUGUGGUUUGUGUGGAAAAGUGUUCGAUAGUGAUUACAAAGCAAAGCACUGUAAAACCACACACCCGAAUUAUACUGCAAGCACAUUGCCACUCCGCACCAAGAAUCAAACUCAGCUGGUAUUAAUUAUUUAAAAUGCAAUUUAAUAUAUUUUUAUGUUUUCAAAUAAUCUUACAAAUUGUCGAGUAAUACUGUAAGGCCUUAGGCCUGGUUUAUACAACGUGUUAUGAGCGCGCUGUACGUCUAUUAAUUCGGUAAUAGCACACUGUAUAAAUAAAUCAAAUUAGUUCGCCGUUUAAUAUCUUUGCCGUCUGAAUUAAGUUUGCUUAAACUGCAGUCUGCAUUGACUUAAUAUCGAUAAAUAUAAUUUAGGUUUUUGGUACGGAAGAUUCCAAAGGCAGUUCAGCAUCGAUUCGUUUGCAGAAAGGGGUGUCUAAACAGGUUUAUAUUAUUUAACUUUAUUUUAUAAUUGAAAAGAUUUUCUGAACAAAGCAUUAUCUUCCAAUUUUAAAGGAAAAUAACUUUUACAAUGUGUAACACCUUGAACCGUCGCAUUAUAAAAUUUAUAUGCUUGCAUAGAUAGUAUUAGGAGAUAAUUCCAUGUACAUUUCUGUCACAGGCAAUUGUAUGUGGACCUGCUACAGAUGUCUUGGUCAGUGAUCCCAAUGUACCAACAUCAAGUGGAGCAUCUACCACGGAAAAAGUAUGUAGUAGUCUGUAGUCAUGAUGAAAUAUUUCUUUGCACGUUAUUUUUUUGUUAUUCAAAACAUUCAUUAUUCAUAGUUUCCAUACGGUAUCGUGUGGAUAUUAUAUAAAACAUAUGCACUAUAACUUAAGCUCUCAAUCAUGACCAUUACAUUUACAGGUUUCAAUCUCUAAAAGAUCAUGGACGGAACCAGAGGAGGAAUAUAACCCAGAAAAACGUAUCCGAAGCAACAAUCCAUUAAUAUUCCGGCCUCAGACGAAUCAGAAAAAACACUGGUAUGCUCACACACUUUAUUGCCUUGAUUCUGACUGUAAAUAAUGGACAGAAACACAGUAACUUAACAAUUACGUUCUUUUAUUUGUAGGAACCUGUUAAAACAAACGAGACGCCAGAACCCGUUGAAACAAAUGAGAUGCCAGAACCCGUUAAAACAAACGAGACGCCAGAACCCGUUGAAACAAACAAGACAACCAUUACUUGGAUAUCCUGCUUUGGAAUGCUGCAACACCUUUGUAGCAAUUUGACAGAUUGCCAGGAAUUAAUCUCUAAGGCAGAGAAAAUAGACGCCCCCCAGCCAGAAAAUCUCCUUGGUGAGCUCCUCGAUGUGGUCGAACGUGUAAACCGCUUGUCUUCGUCUUUGUUAUCGGAUACAAACCAAGCAUUGAGGCACAUUAAUCUGGAAAAUGAAGCUUCCGUCUUCUCUUCAACGGAAUUUACUCCAAUCGACCGUGAUCCAGGUUGUAGAAGGGACAUCAUAACUAACGAAGACAGGGUAUGCAUGAUUAAACAAGGUCCUUUUCAACCAAAAUUGUCAAGAUAUCCCAGAAACAGCGAUAUUCCUCCACCAAAGCACUCUCAUUUCUCCUCCGAGUGGUUCAACACAUAUCCACAUUUGGAGUACUCCAUUAAGAAAGAUGCUGCUUUUUGUUUUGUAUGUCAGCUAUUCCCAUCUGCUCCUGGCUGUCGCAAGUCUGAGUCUGCAUGGACACUUAAUGGUGUGCGAGCUUGGCAUAAGCAGCAUUUAGCAGCUCUAGCCAUCGAGAGACCCUUAAAGCAUUGCUUGCUUUCCAAAAUAAGUCCAACCACGUCGACGUUAUGCUGGAUAAAGAUUGCAGGAAAGCACUGAUUGAAGAAGAGGCUGAAACGCAACGUAACUGCGAAGCCAUCAAGACACUUUUGGACGUUGCAAGAACUCUUGCACGCCAAGGAAUAUCUUUCCAUGGUUCGUCGAAUGAAAAAGAUGGAAACGGAAAUUUCCAGCAAAUUGUUGGUUUGGUGGCCAGGCAGUCCCCUUCAUUUAAGAGAUGGCUCGAUGAUGCCGCAACGCGCCCACACAGAGUUAACUACCUCAGUUCCAGGUCACAAAACGAGUUUUUAACUUUGUUAGCUGGAAAUGUUUUGGAUAGAGUCGUUGCUCAAAUUAACGAAGCUACAAUGUUUUCUGUCAUUGCUGACACAAUGCCAGAUGUUUCUCACGUCGAUCAACUCUCAGUCGUUGCGAGGUACGUCGAUAAAGAUGGAAUCCCACAAGAACGUCUGGUUGAUAUCAGGGAGCUCCAUGACAAGACUGGAGAAGGCCACGCUCAAGAAAUUAUUUUUUCAUUGAAUGCGAAGUCUGUUGAUACAAAUGGAAUAGUUUUCCAGUCAUAUGAUUAUACCUCAUCGAUGUCAGGCGUUUUCAAAGGUUGCCAAGCCAAGAUGAAGGAGCAUCUGGAGAGAGAAGUUCCUUAUUUCCCAUGUCUCGCCCAUCGGUUCAACACUACUGUUGAGCAUAGCUGUGAAGCAAGUGUAGCUGUGUGCAAAUUGUUCGAAAUCCUGCAAGAGUUGUAUGUCUUCUUCACGUCCAGUACGAAAAGAUAUGGUGUGCUUGGCGGAAAAGUGAAAGAAAGCGAGUAUGGAAAAGCGCUGGAAUUAAGAAAUUUGUCAGCAACGCGUUGGAGUGCCCGUGCAGAUUCGAUAAGGGCUGUAUGGUCAAGUUUUCAAGAAAUAAUCGAAGCUCUUGAAGAAUUGGAAAAUUCAGCUGACACGAAAACCAAGGCAAAGGCAGGGAUUCUUCUCGACAGGGUUAAAUCGUUUGAGUUUAUUGUUAUGUUGAUGUUUAUGAGGAACAUUAUGAUAAAAACUAAAAUACUGACGAAGCAAAUCCAAAGUGUUGACAUAAACAUAAUUGAUACGCUUGAAGCUGCUAAGGCAACAAUAUCUACACUACGCCACUUACGUGAAGAUGAGGAAAACCUGAAGCAGCAAAUCAGUGCAUCCGUAGCUUUUUCAGAACGCCAUGGAAUUGAUCUUGUUGCUGAAUAUGACCGCCACCAUCGACCCAGGCGUCCGUCAAGGAGAGCUGAUGAAAGACCAGAGACAGCGACAAAUCUACCACUUCAGGAUUUUUACCGAAAAGAAUUUGUCCAAGUCCUAGAUGUUCAGAUAAAUGCUCUUACAGAUAACGUUCAAGUUGCCUGUGAUAUUGUCGCCCCUGCUAUUCGACUCCUUCUUCCUCCAUUUAACAGUGAUCCUAAACUAGAAGAUGUAAAGUCCCUUACGAUGAUGCUCCCAGAAUCAAUCCGCCCUGAUAACGAGGUUCUAUGUGUUGAACUAACGUUGUUCAGACAUCACUGCCAAAACAACAAGGGGGAAAUCACAACCAUCAGAGAAGCAGCACGUUUUGCGAUGGAAUGUGAAAGCAUCUUUCCCCUGACAAGCAGAUGCUACCGUUUAAUUCUAACGGCACCGAUAACAUCGGCUGCAAGUGAACGCAGCUUCUCCAAGUUGAAGUUAGUCAAGACAGUGAUGCGCUCAGUCAUGAACGAAGACAGAUUGAAAGACUUCGUGAUUCUUAGUUCAGAAAAGGACUUGUCUGACUCAAUUGAUUUGGAUAGACUUGUGGAUCACUGGGCAGACGUUCCUAAAACAAAGCGCCUUAUAAACGUUUAAGACUUUAUGUAUAUACAAAGGGAACAUUGAACACAUCAACGUUAUUUAUAUUGUGAGUUUAUAGUAUAUUUGCCGUUAAUUUUAACGACAGAGGUUAACACUGUUAAAAUGAAUUAAACACCUACCAUGACAUUGUACUAUGACAUCAUUUUUUUUGUACAGAAUUGUUUUUUGCGAAAACAAAAUGUCGGUCCCUGAUUGGCCCAACCCCCCCCAGAAAUUCCCAGUUAUACUCGGAAUGUGCGCCCCUGCAUGUAGCCAGCAAAGACGAUUGCUGAAUAGAAUUGUUCAGGCAAGGAAAGAUAAGGAAAUGAAACUGAAAUUAGAGAGCAGAGGGAGAAUGAUGAAAAAGCAGAAGAAUGGCCAGAACUUUGUAAGGCAAUGGAAUAUAUAUUUGGAGAAUUUGACCAAAAAGAAAAAUCAGGUGGAGGUUUAGAGGCUCAUCCAAGACUGAAGAAUGAGGUAAUGUUUAGGAGCGUGGACAACAAUACAUUUAUGACGCAAGCAUUACAAAUUAUAAACGCUCUUUCUCUGCCAUCUUUCAACAUAUCUUUAAGCUCCUGCUAUAAUUACACCAUGACAUAUAAACAAAACACAGCAAGCGCCAAACGACACCACCAUGGAAAAAAUGUAAAUGCUAAUAUUUCCUUACAUCAUCCGCCCAAGACUCUUGUAAAAAACUUAGUGGUAAACCUUCAUUACAGCACUGCCAAUGUCAAUUAUAUUUUGUUGUUGACUCAAAAGACGCCAAGAAAAUUGUAUGCGCUGAGAUAAGUCCAGUUCAAAAACCAAGAAGAACCUGGAGUGAAUUUGAAUACCCAGACCACGACUGGGACCAAAGUCGAACUAAUGCAGUGACUCCUAUGACCCAUUUGCUUAUGAAUACGGUGAUUACAAAGCAACAGUUUGUUCCAUCAAACCCUUCAUUACAUAACUGGGAUAUAACUUUGCCCAAUUCAGACACUAUUAUUCAUGUCACUCGCUCUGGAAAAGCAGUAACGUUUCUGAAUCCGUCGCUACUUGAGCCAGAUACAACUAUAAGACUUUUUAACGAAAUUUUUCUUCUUUUGUCGAAGCCCAAUUUGGAUUUUGUUUUUCGUAAUCCUAAAACAGGUCGACUUAAAAGUGUUUUUGUUUUUAUUGUUGAUAACGGUCCGGCAGAACAACCAUCAUCCCCCCUAGUACAGAUGUUUUUAAUACGGCUGCUACGAAUCUUGGACCUCGAUAAGAUCACACAGGUUUCGUUCGCAGAAUAUCAUAGUAAGCGCAAUUUUGUUGAACGAGUGCACGCAAUUGAAGAUGAAGCUUUGUCACGACAUGGACCUUUUACAGCGAACAAAAUUUUUAAUGACCGAAGCAUCCACCCAGGUUCUGAAAAACAUAUUGCGAACAUGGAAGAAAUGGUAAAAGAUGUAUCAUCCUGCCUGCAGCAAGCCAAGUUUGGAGGGAAAAGCCUUGAAGCAUGUAGGGGAAUAAAAGAUUCCGAUUACAUUUUUUCUGAUGAAAACAAACAAAAACAGUUUCUGUUACUAUCUGAGGUACAAAAAGAAGUCUGCGAUUGGACAUAUGAAUUGAAUAAAGACGGUCUUGUGUGGCGUGACGUGGAAGCUGUCUGGAAUUUGUCGCACAGUGAACAAUACACAUACUUGGAAGAUUAUAAUUUUUUGAUGAAUAAACUAGAAUACAGAACAGCAUGGAUAGACAAGUACCAUGUGACAUUUUACAGGCCUAAUAAUCUGUGGAUAACUGAUCAUAACGCAAGGCAAGAGCUACAACCAAUACCAGAUUAUGUGAGAUGGAUUACUACUGGGGGAGAGCUGCAUUAUUUAUCACACGAGCGAGUUCUUGCGAUGAAAGGUGAAUGGAACGAAUGCUCGGGAUUGUUUAGACCUGAUAGACUGUUAGAUAAUCUGAUCUCUUUUAAUUCAGAUCCUCCUUUUUAUAUCUUUCCCACAGUAGCGGCACUCAUUUAG